GGGGAGCAAUGCUGCAAUUCUGUCAUUCAUGAUGAAUUCGAGCUCUCUUUCUCGCCAGGAGACCUGGCGUCUCUUGAUGCUAGUAGGCGUCUGCGCUGGCAUCCUUCUCAACACUUUCCAGGAUGAGGGCGCGCCUUUGGUAGCAUCAAUUGCCUUUAGUGGGAUUGUGUUUGCAGUCGCAUACAGCCUGAUCAGAUGGCUGGGGCCAGUUUUCAUGAAGGCAGGGUUGAAGGGAAGAGAUAUGGCAAAACCAAAGAGACCUGAAAUCCCAGAGACAAUGGGCGCAGUAUGCGCAGUCGUGUAUCUUCUGGCGCUUAUAUUCUUCAUUCCCUUUGCUUUUUACAAAGACAUCGUGGCAGCCACUUCAGGUGGAGGUAACCGUGAUGUCGUUCUUGAAGUUCACCACGUUGAAACUGGUCGGAUGCUCCACCGAUUCCCUCACGGAAGGCUUGCAUCUUACCUCUCUGGGCUCCUUUCUCUGCAAUGUAUUGUCAUCCUGGGAUUGGGUGAUGACCUUCUUGACAUUCGAUGGAGACACAAAGUUCUCAUACCAGCCUUCGGAGCAAUCCCGAUGCUUAUAGUUUACUUUGUGGACUUUGGUGUCACACAGGUUGUCGUUCCGGUGCCCUUGCAGCCCUACUUGGGUUCAUUUGUUGACCUCGGAUGGCUGUAUUACGUGUACAUGGCUGCAGUGGCUAUUUUCUGCCCUAACUCCAUCAACAUGUUGGCAGGGAUUAACGGAGUUGAGGUAGCUCAGUCUCUGGUGAUCGCAAUCUUGCUCAUAGCGAAUGAUGCGCUGUAUCUUGCGCCCAUCACGCCGUAUCCCCAUCCCGCCACUGAUUCGCAUCUCUUCUCCCUUUAUUUCUUACUUCCAUUUGUUGGGGUGUCGUUGGCUCUGUUGUUGCACAACUGGUACCCCUCCAAAGUGUUCGUCGGAGACACCUACUGCUAUUUUGCGGGGAUGGUUUUUGCCGUCGUUGGUAUCCUGGGACAUUUCAGUAAAACGUUACUGCUGCUUUUCAUACCGCAGAUAUUCAAUUUCCUGUAUUCGACCCCGCAGCUGUUCAAGUUGAUUCCCUGUCCUCGGCACAGAUUACCCAAGUUUAAUGCCGUGACUGGACUGCUUGACGCUUCUGUGACGGAGUGGACGGUACCACCUUCGCCACUAAUCGCUGCUGGCCUGGAGCUUCUUCAUUGGCUGCGAUUGGUGCGUGUUACAAAGAAUGACCAUGGUCAAAUUGUGGAAUCAACUAACUUGACGAUACUUAAUCUGUGGCUGGUGUGGAUGGGACCAAUGAAAGAGAAUCGGCUGGCAUGGAAUAUGGUCGCGGUUCAAGUUGUCUGUGGAUUUUUUGGUCUAUUUGUGCGGCAUCGGCUGGCAUUGCUCGUAUUUCGCGAAGAUAACCGGGCGUUUUUGCCUCAGUUAUAG